GACAGAGUUACACAUAUUUACCCACUGAGACAAAAGCUCACGCAUUCUGUGAACUAGUGUAGGCAAACUUGGCUCGCUUGUUGCUCCAGAACGCUUGUUUUUGACGAUUUAAACUCCCUUUAUUGUGAAUGUCAACUAGCAACGGUAACGUUCUUGAGGCCGUACAUUCUGGCAGUAUACGAAGUUAACAUUACAGGGAAAAUGGUUGAUUUGCGUCUCUUCGUUUGAAAAUGUCUGGAAUCACGAGCGGGAAAUGAAUAAAUAGUUUUGUUAGGCCCAGAUAUGUUCGUUCACCCAUGAUAACAUCAGUUGCAUUAGCUAACACGAUUGAAUCAAAAAGGAAGUCGAGGUUUGAUGGGCUUAGACUUAAAUGUUUAACUUCUAAAGAUACCAACUUGGCUAUAUAUUAAAGUAUGGAUGUGAUUUAUAUCAUCCAAAGUUAUUCCUGCUAUUUUUACAUACUAAGUUAUUUCCACAGAUUUAGUUGAAAAAGUGCACAGGCCACAGCGGAGUCAGUUUCAACACAACUGGCGACCUCCCGCCUAGACAGGUUUUAUGUUCUACCGUAGCCAUUGUAAAACGGUAUUACCGUUUUAUUUGUUCCCAGUUACUAUGGAAGAUGUACAACAUGGCAGCAAUGACACCGAGUCACAGACUGCUACUAUGCCCACUACCAUAACAUCCUCUCAAUUUCCCCAGACAGCCCAGCGUAUGUCACUAGGAGGUUCUUCUGUGACGCUUGUACAGCUGCCAGGAGGUCAGUUUCAGGUUCAAGGAGUGAUCCAGUCUGCGCAGUCAUCAGUCAUUCAGUCCCCUCAGGCACAGUCUGCACAGACCCAGGGUUCAGAUAGUGACGACUCACAAGACUCAUCAGACAGUGGAGCAACAACCCAACAGACCAGAGAAAUAUUGGCCAGGCGGCCCUCAUACAGAAAAAUCCUAAAUGAGCUCUCAUCUGAGGAACUGGCACACAUUGAGGGAAAGGAUAACAACCCAGCAUCCACAGGAGUGACAGGCAUUACAGUACCCACCCCAAUCUACCAGACCAGCACCGGCCAGUAUAUUACUAUUGCUGCAAAUGGCACAAUCCAGCUGGCAAAUCCAGGAACUGAAGGCAUUCAGGGACUACAGGCUGUUGCCAACUCUGCUGCAGCCCAGCAAAGCACCACCAUCCUUCAAUAUGCACAGACACCUGAUGGUCAGCAGAUACUGGUGCCUAGCAACCAGGUUGUUGUACAAGGUGCAGGAGGAGAAAUGCAGGCAUAUCAGAUACGCACUGCAGCCACAUCCAGCUCCCUGCCUCAGACUGUAGUUAUGACUGCUCCUAUGGGACUUUCUCAGGAGAAGACCAAUGACCCAACCAUAAAGAGAGAAAUCAGGCUUGCAAAAAACAGAGAGGCAGCCCGUGAAUGUCGACGGAAGAAAAAGGAAUACGUUAAAUGUCUGGAAAACCGCGUAGCUGUUCUUGAGAACCAAAACAAGACCCUGAUAGAAGAGCUCAAAACAUUGAAGGACCUUUAUUGUGUUAAAACAGGAUAACCUGUUUGACUGCAGGUCAAGGAUUAAGACAUAACAUGGCAGCGGCACAGCUCAGCCAUUUGGACUUGUUGGGGUUUCUGGGAACACUUCAUUUCAGGCUGAGAUCCUUUUGUUUUUGUUUGUUUUUUUUUAUACAAAACUUGAGACCACGGUGAGAUUUACUCAGCAACAAAACGAGAAAUUGGCCAUUUUUUUCUCCACCUGCUGUUUUUUAAAAAUAAAUAGCUAAUUCUUGAUGAUGUAUAGUUGUGUACAUUUUUAAUACUGGCAGGUUUGAAAUUGUGAGCUUUAAUUAUGAGUUUCAGUUUCUAAAUGUAUCCCUGUACUCUUGUGUUUUAAAGAAAAUAUUGCCGUUGCAUUUUUAUUACUCCUUACAGUGUCUGCCAAAUUCUGACUGUAUAAUUACCACACAGACAGAAUUUUUGUAUAUUAUGAACCAGCAAUUCUCCAUUACAAUUGUCAUUCCUUAUUUUUGUGCAAUGGAAUAUCAUUACAAUAACAUACUUUGAGUGUGGUUUAUUGGGUUGUUUCUUUGCAGUUACUGCGACAAUCAGGGAAAAGGCACAGUGUCCAGGUAAUAUUAUUUAUGUGCAUCUUGGGAGGGGUGGGACAGAAGAACAAACCAUCUAUGAAAUGUUGCUGAUUCUGAAAGGAAAUAAAUAUAUUUUCACUCAAAAUUUAAA